GGGCUUCCGUUACGUACAGUCCACGUAGAGUGCUCACUCAGGGAACCAAAUCUUCAUCGCCUUCGACAUCCUCAUCAUUUUCUUGCGCGUAUUCCCAUCGAUAUUAUAACUCCGAUCAACAAUCUCGAUAAAAAAUUUUGCCGGAUUUCGAUCGUUUGCGAGAUAAGACAAAAACGAAAAUAAAAACCCAAUCAGAAAUGAGGAGCUUCGCCGUGGGAUUCGUAAGCCUCGCCCUCCUGCUGGCCACAGUUUCGGCUAGGUCAGCCGAGACCAAUCCAAAGGCGAAUUCGAUCGACGAGCAAACCGCGAGAUCAGGGAACAACGGAGUCUUCGGCGAGCUUCGUUACGUCUACCAGGUGUAUAAGGAGUGUGCGGGCUCGGAGUUGAGCUCUUGUCUCAAAUUGAAAUUACUCUCGGGCAUGGAGAGACUGUCGCGAAGUCUCCAAUUGAAUGUCGCCGAAGGUGUGACAUUUGUGAAGGAUGAUUCGGUGCCAUCGAGCAACGACGAGCCUCCACGGUCGAUCCAAGAGAUCGAGGCUACGCUUCCACGAUCGCUGGAAGAUCGGGAGGACGCAUUGAACUCCUUAAUAUUCGAUAAAAUCGUUGGAUUCUUCCAAACUCAUACGCUCAAGCUCAAAUUACCGAACGUGGAGGAACUCCAGAGGAGCUUGACCGAGGAAGGUCGUGGCAAAAAGAAGAAGAACAUGGGCCUCUUGGCGAUUCCUUUAUUGAUCGGUGGAACUCUCGUGCCACUCGCUCUCGGUGCUUUGGCCCUUCUAGCUGGUAAAGCUCUCAUAGUGAGCAAAUUGGCCCUAGUUCUUGCCUCGAUAAUUGGCUUGAAGAAACUCGUUUCCGGUGGCGAUCAUGGCCAUGGUCAUGAAGUCGUUCAGGUUAGCGGUGGUCACGGAUCGAGUGGAUGGGCGAGAUCGUCGUCUGAUCUGGCUUAUUCAGCCUACAAGCCAGCCAGUAUCAACUCCUAAAAACGCGGCUUCCAAAGUUAACACAUACACACUAAGAGAGAUGAAAACACAUUCGUAUAAGAGGGAGGAAAUUACGUUGAAGAAUGUUCUCUGUCCCAUUCGAUCAUGUCACUCUAUUUUUUUUUUUUUUUACUUUUUUUUUAUUUCACUCACCAACGUCAUAACAACCUUUUUUAACUCUGUCCCAACUCUCUCGCACUCUCUAUGAUCUUCAAAUUUUUUAAUUAUUCAAAAAACUCUGUUGCCUAUCAACUUUCAUUUUUCAUCAUCGUUCACUGUUUUUUUUUGCCAUCCACGAAGCCACUCUUCAUUUUCAAUUUCAUUUAGUUUUUGCAGCACUUUUUCCUUCUCCUCAUACCAAUUUCUUCUCAUCCUUUUAAUCACCCUGCACCAUCGAUUCUCUGCUAUUAUUUUCCUGGUACUAAAAUCGUCGUUAACGUUUAUCCCACCACCAUCGUCGCACGAUCGAUCAUCCUCACAGUAUUUAUUGUUCACUCUAAUUAUAAUGAUUACUCGAAUGGAAUUAUUUAUGUAUGUAUAUAAACGAAUUGUCAAUGGAAUUAUUUAUGUGCGUACGUCUCGCGACUAAAGCAAAAAAAUAAGAAAUAUGAAUGUAUAUUGAUUAUUAAAGUUCGAAAGACUCAAAUAAAUUUUGGUAAGACGAA